CACAGCAAACUCACCAAUUUACCAUCAGGACAGUGUUUUUCUUUUGCCACCGGCUGAAAAAAAAACAUUGCCGCGUUUUUAACAUUUAUUUACUUUAUAGUUUAUCACUAAACAAAGAACCUUAAAUAAACUAUUGCUCUUGUACAAUGGCCGAUGAAAAUGGAUCUAAUCAAAAGCCCAACUACGACAUAUCAAAAUUAAAACUUACAAAAAUUCUUAACAAUAACACCGUACGCAAGAGUAUUGCAUUACUUGGAACAUUUCCCGACAUUUCUGAAUCAGACCAAGCUUUGGUGAUAUUCGAAAAGAAUGCUUUCACCGAAUCCGAUGUCCAAACGGAUGCCAAUGCUGAGAAAUCAUUCUUCUCGCCGAAAACAAAAACUAAUGUUGAAUUUAUCAAUAACAUUUACGGCAGCUUCCAAUGCAUUCCUGAAGGUGAUCUCAAUUGUAUCAAAACAACUGUUGUGUACCCAGCCACUGACAAACAUAUUGAAAAGUAUUCAAUCCAUGUGAAAUAUCUGAUAAAUGAAACCCCGGCCUUGUACGAGAAUAUCACACUGACAUAUCUAAAAUCCAGUCAAUUUUCUCUGGAUUGGGUCUAUAACAUUCUCGAUCACAAGCAAGAAACCGAACGUAUUGUGUUCGAAGAUCCCGAUCCAGAAACUGGAUUUGUUCUGCUGCCCGAUCUUAAGUGGGAUGGACGCUCAAUCGAAUCUUUGUACCUUUUGGCCAUUGUACAUAAACAUGAUAUUAAAUCAUUACGUGAUCUGAACUCUACACAUUUGCCACUUUUAAAAAAUAUCCGUGACAGUGGAACACGAGCAAUUGAAGAUAAAUAUGGAAUUCCUGCUUCUCAAAUGCGAAUGUAUUUCCACUAUCAGCCAUCAUUUUAUCAUUUACAUGUUCAUUUCAAUCCUGUGGGAAAUGAUGCGCCAGGGAUAUGGUGUGAAAAGUCUCACAUACUGGAGACUGUAAUCAAUAAUUUGGAAUUAGUUGGCGAUUAUUAUCAGCGAGUUACUAUUCCAUUUGUUGCAUAUGAGGGCAAUAAGUUAUUGGAUAUCUAUGAUGAGGAAUUAAGUGUGAGAAAGAAGAUUAAAUUGGAUAAAAUUGAUACUGCGCCGACGAGCGAGGAUGACAAAAAUAUAGUAACUGAGUAAUAAAACAUAUGCACAGUAUUUUUGAAUGCUGCCUGCAAUCUAGACAAAUAAAAUUGUAUUUUUUUAU